CGCCUGCGCGCUCCCGGCACCUGGGCGGUCCGCGUAUCGUGGGUGCGGCGGGGAGACUGCGAGUGUGUCUGUUUUUCGUUUCCGUUUUCCUCCCAUUCUCAGUUUCUUGGCGAAAACCGGGACGUGCAGGGGCAGACCGACGGACAGACCCACCCACUGUGCCCCACCUAUGUUUGGCCACGAGGACGCCCAUUUCUCUCUGGACCCCGCCCAUUAAAGCAGUUUCGGGAUGCCCCUAUUCUCGAUUCAGUGAUUUGAGACUUGCAGGGUUGGCUGGAAGCCACAGCCCAGCCUCACGAUGCAGUCUGAAUCCAGCCGGUGUGAUGAGGAGACCCCUUCUCUCUUGUGGGGUUUGGAUCCUGUGUUUUUAGCCUUUGCAAAACUCUACAUCAGGGACAUCCUGGACUUGAAGGAGUCCCACCAGGUGCCAGGUAUUUUUUUUUACAAUGGACAUCCAAUAAAACAAGUAGAUAUCUUGGGAACUGUAAUUGGAGUGAGAGAAAGAGAUGCUUUCUACAGUUACGGAGUGGAUGAUAGCACUGGAGUUAUAAACUGCAUGUGCUGGAAGAAGUCGAACAGUACUGAGCCUUCCUCAGCUGCUCCAAGUGCAAGAGAGGUGAGCUUAACCUCACAGCUUAAGAAGCUGCAAGAGACCAUUGAGCAGAGAACAAAGAUAGAAAUUGGAGACGUUAUCCGGAUCAGAGGUUGUAUCCACACGUACAGAGAAGAGCGAGAAAUCCGUGCCACUGCUUAUUAUAAAGUGGAUGAUCCAGUGUGUAAGAUUCAAAUUGCAAGGAUGCUUGAGCUGCCCAAUAUCUAUAGGAAGGUUUAUGACCAGCCUUUCCAGAGCCCAGCCCUAGAGAAAGAAAAGGCACUAAGCAGCAAUCCGAGUGCCCUGGACCUUUCCAGUCUCACAUGCUUGCUAAGUGAAAAAGCCAAAGAAUUCCUCAUGAAGAACAGAGUGCAAACCUUUUACCAGCAGGAGUUGGAAACGGUGGAGUCUCUACUGUCCCUUGCCAAUCAGCCUGCGAAUCACAGUGCCUGCUCCAAGAAAGAGGCUUUUAAAACUGACACAACUACCAAGGCAAUUCAUAGUAUAUUUAAGAAUGCUAUAAAGCUGCUGCAGGAAAAAGGACUCGUUUACCAGAAAGAUGGUGGUUUUGAUAAUCUAUUCUAUGUAACCAGAGAAGACAAGGAACUGCACAGAAAGAUACACCGUAUCAUUCAAGAAGACUGCCAGAAACCAAAUCACAUGGAAAAGGGCUGCCACUUCCUGCACAUCUUGGCCUGUGCUCGCCUGAGCCUCAGCCCAGGCCUGAGUGAACCUGUGCUGCAGCAGGUACUGGAGCUCCUGGAGGACCAGAGUGACAUCAUCAGCACAAUGGAGAAUUACUACAUAGCAUUCUGAGGACAGACCGCAGACAGCCCAGGCAGAGCCGAGCCGAGGAGAAAGACCAAGUGAUAUUCCCUCCCAGGCUCUGGUUUUAAACAUCAGGCAGAGGCUUAUAGGUUAGGAGGCAGUUAUCUCAUAAUCAGCAAUGAAAUACGGUCAUUUGAGAACUGAAGUUUGGCAUAAAUUCUGCAGACUGCCUUCUACCUACUGUAUCCUUGGGAUAAGAUGACUUUUAUCUCAGCUACAACAUUCAAGAAAACUCUCCUUGUUGACCUCCUGACUGGACUGGGCACCAUUCGUGAAGCAGAAGGGGAGGAGACAGUGGCUGAGUCGGUAUGUAUGGAGGAGGCUCUGUUGCGGUAAAGCCCAUGGACUGCGGGAACUGAAGAGCAUACCACCAGAUCACACAGACCAACACUUUUUAAAACUUUAGACUAUCAAGAACAUUCUCGUGGGCCUGUAUUGAUGGUCAAGAGCCCAAUGUAGGGAAUUAGCUCUCCCUAGAUGAGUGUUGCUGACCUAUGAUUUCCAAAAGUCAAGCACCAUUGGCGAGUCAUGAGUCCUGGGUAGAAUGCUGUUUAUAGACCCACCCAGAGAUGGGAGUAAAUGGAUCCAAGGCAUGGCUCCAUGUUUGCCAUUUUCCUUGUUUUCCUUCUGAAUUAAACGGUGUUUCAGGACAUUUCCCUGCACUUGAGGACGUACAUGACUAAAUUACAUUGUCCCUUAAUGCCCUGAAGUUCCCGAGGCUUUCAACCAAUGUCUGGCAGUGGUAGAUGUUAUUUUCAAGGUUACCAUUGAAUGCAGGACGUCUGACACCAUCCUGACAGACUCGAUAUGUGCCCAGACAGGCAGUAGAAUCAAGCUUCUGCUCGGGAUGACAAGGUAAAGGGAAAAUCUGGGCCACGUGGUAGGCUUGUUCUAACAGCAAGAUGACAAAUCUAGCCAGCAAAAAUAAAGUAUACAGAAAGAUUCA